CGUGGAAGCAGGAAGGGAACUUCCUCUCGGUCUUCCGGGUUGUUGGAGUCCCUGCAGCGGCUCUUGUUGUUGUUGUUGCGGCGGCGGAGCGAUGUCCGAGGAUCCUGCGCUGUCCCUCCGGGUGUCGGAGAUCACACACCCGGCGGGUCUGUUCGAGCGCUACAACACCGAGGAGAUCCGCCGCAUCGAGCGCAAGGUCCGCGGGGAGAUCGAGCAGAAGAAGGAGGAGCUGAGGCAGAUGGUCGGGGAGCGCUACCGGGACCUGAUCGACGCCGCCGACACCAUCGGAGAGAUGAGGGAGUGCUCGGAGAGCGUGGUCCGGUCCGUCCAGGACAUGCACCGGUACUGCCACAGCCUGAAGCAAGGCACCGCCGAUGUGAGCAGCUGCAGACAGGAGAGCCAGAAGCAGUGGCUGUGGCAGGAGAAGUUCUACAUCAUGUCCUCCCAGAUAAAGCUCCUCUUGGAGAUCCCAGAGCGCAUCUGGAGCGCCAUGGAGGCGUCCCAGUACCUCCAGGCCACUCAGCUCUACCUGCUGUGUUGCCACCUGCACAGCCUGCUGCAGCUGGAGACUGCGACAGCGGGCCACUACAGCCCUGUCCUGGCCCGCUUCCCCAUUCUGGUGCGGCAGGUGGCCACCACCGGACACUUCAGGUCCACCAUUCUGCUGGACAGCAGGUCUCUGCUGCGGGGCCGGGUGGUGUCCGACCAAGCGAUCGCUGAGGCCCUGGUGUCUACCAUGCUGCUGGAGGACAGCUCACCACGCCAGGCCCUGGCGGACUUCUUGCUGGCCCGGAAAGCCUCUAUCCAUCAACUGCUCAACCAACCGCAGCAUGGUGCGGGGAUCAAGGCCCAGGUGUGCAGCUUGGUGGAGCUGCUGGUCACCACUCUGUUCCAGGCCUACGCCGUCUUCUACCUGCCCCCAGAGGGAAACCCCAGGCCAGGGGACGGAGCCCUGAGCUGUGGCAUGCUCUUCUCUAUCCUGGAGAACGUUACCUCAACCAGCCCUGCAGCUAAAGUCAGGAAGGUGCUGCAGGAAGAGACCAGUACUGGCAGCUGGUUCAAGUACCUGCCUCCCUCCAUCACUGAUUUCCAGCCCGCCCUCCGCACCCUGGCCCAGCCAAUCCAGAGAGAGCAGCUCCGGGACACACUGCAGCAGUGGAUCAAUACGUGUAAGGAGGACAUUUGCCAUGGCGUUGGCAGCCUACUUGUCUAUGUCAAGAGCCUGAAGGGGCUGGCGGCCAUCAGAGACGCUGUGUGGGACCUCCUGUCCACCGAAUCAAUCAGUCAGCACUGGAGCACUGUGUGCCAGCGGCUUCUGGAGCGCCCCCUGGCUGUCUGGGAGGACUUCCUCCAACUGCUCUUCCUUCAGCGCCUGCAGGCCAUCACCAAAGAAGAAACUGAGGCCAUCUCAACGAGUUCUGUCCAGCUCCUUACCUCAGCUGUGAGGGACCUGGAGGGCCAGACCACCCAAACCUCUGUGGGCACCAACCCUGGCUCUGUCCGCCGGGCACAGUAUGAGGUAGACGUGGCAUCCUUCCUGUGGUCAGAGUCUCCAGGGGACCUGCUGAGUGAUGCAGGUUGGAUCAAUGUGACCCAGCGGGGGCAGCAGCAUCAGAGGAGUGGCCUGGCCAUGAAGACCCAGGCCCUGACACCUUGUGUUCAGAACUUCUGCUCUUCCAUGGAUGCAAAGCUGAAGGCCAGGCUGGAUGACCUCCAGCACUACCUUCCCUCCCAGGAUACAGGGUCUGACUCCAUCUCAGUCACUGUCUCCUCCUCUGGACCUACUGAGGCCUCUUCAGCAUCUUCAUUUAACCGCUUCAUGGACUCGCCGGCAGUGGAGGAGGCUUUACGUGAAGGCUCCCUGGCCUGUGUUCGCCACAUCCUGUCCUCCAUCCACUCUGAACUGGCUGCAGUCUCACCUGACCCCAGCCCCACCCGCCUCAGUUCAGUCCUUUUCAUGGCCAGGCUAUGCCAGUCCAUGGGUGAGCUCUGCCCUAACCUGAAGCAUUGCAUUCUGGGGAAACAGAGCGGUGCCGAAACCGCGGCCAAGGGGACCCCCAGGCAGGCGAAGAAGCUGGGCAGAGCCAGAUCCGCCACAGAGGUCAGCCCCGCCCAGGCCAAGUGGGCAGGUCUGAAGGAAGAGCUUCUCAACUGCAGCAUGGAGGCCUACCGCAUCUGGAGCUCCGCCCUCGCCAAGGUGUUGCUGGGUAAGUUUGGCACAGUGCUGCAUGCACAGUCUGCUGGUGCCAUCCUGACAACAGCCACAAACUGGGAGGACCUGGAGAUCCAAGAAGAGGCCGAGUCGGGGAGCAGUGUCACGUCCAAAAUCCGUCUUCCAGUGCAGCCAUCUUGGUUUGUCCAGUCGCUGCUGUUCCAGCUGUGUGUGGAGGUGAACAGGGUGGGGGGUCAUGCCCUGCCCCGGCCCACGCUGCAGGAGCUGCUGCAGGCCUGUCUGAAUGAAGUCCUUGGUCACUACCACAACCUCUCACAGCAGGCCCGCACCACGGAGGGUGUAUUGCCCAUGACUCAGAACAGAGCCUUGCAGCUGUUAUUUGACCUUCAUUACCUCAACACCACACUGGGCAGCAGGCUGGAGGAGAGCAAGAGCCCCCGAUCACAUCAAGACCCCAGAUUUCACGAGGUCUGCGAUUGGCUGGAGAGCUUCAUCGACCCCUUUGACCUGGACGUGUUCACACCUCCGCUGAACGCCAACCUGAACCGCCUGUCGCAGAGGACAUCGGUGCUGCUGGGGCUGUUGACGGGCUCAGAGAAGCAGUUUUCCUCACGGAGCAGCGGCGUCAACUCCCAGGAGCCGUACAACAUCCUGCCACUGGCCAGCAGCCAGAUCAGGUUCGGACUGCUGCCCCUCAGCAUGUCCAAUGUGCGCAAAUCCAUGUUUGUCUCCAGGAAUUCUGACGCUCCAAAGAAGCUGGCUCCUCCAUCCUCCACAGUGGACAGCAAUGACAGCUUCAGGCCGGGCAGUCUCUUCAGACAGCUCGCUGAUCAGGACGAAGACACAGCCGCUCCCUCUUUAUUCAAACUCAGCUGGCUGUCUGGCAUGGCCAAAUAACCCCACAUCACUCGAGACUCUUUAGUUGCCAGAGGCUUUGUAAACAUAAAUAUGUAUAAUAAAUAUAAUUUUUGUCUUUUGAAACUUA